AUGGAUGCGGCAAAGACACUCAUUCGUACGGUUGUGCGCUCGUUCUACUCCAAUCCAAAACAAAUUCUCAUCAUCGAUGCGCUGCUCAUCCACUCUGUCCUCCACGCUGACGACCUCAAUAUCCUUCUUUCCACUCAGCAAAAAGAGAUUCGCAAACUUGUAGCACCUCUGAGGAAAGCUCAACUUCUCGACAGCCAUUCGAAGGUAGAAGCCAAAGUUGGUCAGACACGCGGCGCAUCUCGGGACUACUACUACAUUCCUUUCCACCCGGCUAUCGACGCGAUCAAAUACCGCAUCACGAAACUUACUGACAGAAUCAAGGACCUUUAUAAGCCCGAGACAGAGCGCAAGGAUUGGCGUUGUCCGCGAUGCAAGUCAGAAUAUGACGCCUUUCAGGUGCUUACUUUUCAUGUCAACGACGAAGGAUUUGCCUGCGAGAAGUGCGGGACCACCCUUGAAAAAACCCCGCAGGCUAAAGAUGCUGCGGGCAUGGUCGGGCACGAGAAGCACUCUCGGCUUAUGGACCAACUGAGCAAGAUCCUCUCAUUGAUGCAACAGGUUGAUCGCCUACAAAUCCCCGAGAAUGAUUUCGACACGGCAUGGGAGAAUAAGAAAGAAGUUCCUCGAGAACGAGGUCAGCAUGCGAGGAGAGAGUACGUUGACGUACCAGGGUCCAUCAAGGUUGCCAAGGCAGGCAGGACGGGGCCGGAGAAGAUCAAAGCAGAAAGUUUGGGUAUUAAUCUGACCAGUGGAGAAGACCAUGAUGCAGCCGAUGAAGCAAGGCGGGAGGCGAAGAAGGCAGCAUUGGCGAAGCAGAAUAUGCUCCCUGUCUGGCAUACGCAGAGCACGGUGUCUGGUGUUAGUGAUGGAGUUGUGAAGGCUGAAGAUGCGCUAGCGAACGGCGGAAUACUAAAGAAGGAAGAGGAUAUUGAUGAGAAGAAGCCAAUCGUUGACGAGCAGGAUGACCUCGCCGCUUACCGCGCAGAAAUGCAACGGGAAAAGGAGGAAGCGGAGCGAAGAGCUGCUGAAGAAGAUCUGGAGUCCGAUGAGGGAGAUGAGGAUUCUUUUGAAGAUGUUCUUUCGACUGGUGUGGGCACGCCAUUACCUGGGACUACAACGCCGGCCUCGUCAUCUCAGCAAUGGCAACAACCGCCUAUGACUACAAAUGGAGUAAAGCGGGAGUUCGACUCCGAUUCAGGACCUUCCUCGGACGCCAACACGCCUGCUGCUGGUACUCCUUCGGCAAACGACGGCAGCGAGAGGGAGAUCAAGAGGGUUAAGUUUGAAAACAGCGUUGAAGCUGCCAAUGGUGGUGACAAGGCUGGUUUGAUGACAGUAAAGAAGGACGAGUCAGACGAGGAGGAGGAUUUUGAAGACGCUAUGUGA